UCCCAGCUGCCAUGCGUCAGUUGCAGCAUUGUUAUGGUUCCUAUAUCCUCUGUCCAGUGAAGUAAAGCCGCUGUAGGAUAAUUUUUUUUGGUAAAGUAAACGCUACCUCUGCUCAAGGAGUCUGAAUUUACGGGCUGGUAUCCGGUGUGCCGGUGCGGCUCUGAGCUCAGCUGCAGCGCUGUGAAUGCUUCCUAGUUUCCGAGGGGUGUGUGUGUGUCACAGGACUGCCAUGUAGUUGAGGCAGAAGAAUGAGCAGUCAGCACACUCCAACAGAUGGGACAGAUGACUACACCGUUCAGCAGGAAAACGAACUAGAGGCUCUUGCUUCUAUCUUUGGGGACGAUUUUGAGGAUUUGCGAAUCAAGGAUCCAUGGAAGAUUAAAAGGCCUCCGGAGGUGUACCUCAGUCUGCGGCCCAAAGGCUUGAGCAAUGGACAAGGAUGUUUCGUGACGGUGGACUUGCACGUCAGAUGUCCACCGACCUACCCUGAUGUGCCUCCGGAGCUGGAGCUGAAAAAUGCCAAAGGUCUCUCAAAUGAAAACCUCCAGAGCCUGCAGGCUGAGCUCACCAAACUGGCAACAGUGCAAUGUGGGGAGGUGAUGAUCUUUGAGCUAGCAGAUCAUGUCCAGGGCUUUCUAAGUGAGCACAACAAGCCUCCUUCACGCUCCUUUCACGAGGAGAUGCUGAAGAACCAGCGGAGGCAGCAGGAGAGACUCGCCUUGGAGCAACAGCAGAGGCUGGACCAACAACGCAAACAAGAGGAGGAGAUGGAAAAAGAAAUCAUGGCUGAAAUCCAAAGAAGAGAAGAGGAGAAACGAGAGGAGAAGAGGAGGAAAGAGAUAGCCAAACAGGAGCGGCUCGAGAGCAUGGAGCAGGAAGCCCCUGCUAACUCUGUAUUAGGGAAGAGCCCACCCAGCUCAGCUGGAGCUCUGCCUGAACUGACUGAACCUAAGAAAGGACCUGGUAACCGGCGACGGACUACCUCGAAUACUCGUCACAGACGUGAUACGGUCAGUGAAGACAACCAUCGCUCACAAGAGCUUCUUCACUUCAGCAACAGUACAUGUGGGGAACUUGUUGUUCACAGAGGGAAAUUCAUAGGUGAGAGUGAGAGGCUUGGCCGUAAUGUUUAUUAUGGAUUUGAGGCCAACUCAGGAGACUUUGUUGUGAUCUAUGAGUGGUCUCUGCGUUGGAACAAGAAGAUAGGAAAGUUCUUCACCAGCCAGGAGAAGGGCAAGAUUGAAAACUGUAAAAAGCAGAUCCAUGCGGCCGAGAGUGAGUUGAACUCCCUGCUGAAGCUGGAGCACCCUAACCUGGUGCACUACCAGGCUCUGAGCUCCAGUGAGAGGGAGGACAGCCUUGUGGUUAACCUGCUGGUCGAACACGUGUCCGGGACCAACUUGAACCAAAGCCUGGCCAGCCACACCCCCAUCCCUCUGGACAAGCUUCGCCAGCACACGGCUCAGCUCCUGGCCGCUCUGGACUACCUUCACUCCAACUCUGUGGUCCAUAAACAGCUGGGGGCCUCUAGCGUGCUGCUGGACUCCCAGGGCAAUGUGCGUUUGACUGAUUACAGUCUAUCAAAGAGACUGGCGGACAUCUGCAAAGAAGACAUUUUUGAGCAAGCACACGUGCGCUUCUGCGAGGAGACAGCGAUGCCAACGAAAACAGGCAAAAAGGGUGACGUGUGGAGCCUGGGGCUGAUGCUGCUGGCUCUUAGCCAGGGAGUGGAGGUGAGGGAGUAUCCAGUGACUGUGCCAACUGGACUGCCUGCUGAUUUCCAGGACUUCCUCAACAGGUGUGUGUGCUUGAAUGAUGUUGAUCGCUGGACCACACAGCAGCUCUUAGAGCACUCCUUCCUCAAUCCUCCACUGCCAAAAGCCUUGCCACAGUCCCAGGAUGCCAGUCCAGAAGACCUCGCUGUGGACUUUGCGUCGUCUGUCAUCCCUCGUAGCCACGUCCUCAACCCUCCGUUCAGCUCUGGGGUGCAGGGACAGUUUUCCCGUUACUCCAACGAGUUUGAGGAGCUCCAGCUAUUGGGAAAAGGAGCCUUUGGUGCUGUUAUUAAGGUUCAGAACAAGCUCGAUGGUUGCUACUAUGCUGUGAAACGUAUCCAAGUCAACCCAGCCAGCAAGCAGUUCAGACGGAUCAAAGGUGAGGUAACGCUGCUCUCGCGCCUCAACCAUGAGAACAUCGUCCGCUACUACAAUGCAUGGAUCGAGAGGAACGAGACAUCCACUGCAGGGGUGCUGAGUAUUACGGACAGCUCCGAACCGAGAAGCACAGACGAUAAGCCGCCCCGAGGCAGAGGGCCUCUGCAGGGGCUCAAUGAGCUGGGCCUCCCUGACAAUGUGGAGGACAAUGCACCGCCCCCGGCCCUGGCUAGCUCUGUGGAAUGGUCCACGUCCAUCGAGAGGUCCUCCAGUGCCAAGUGCAGUGGACAUGAGUCAAGUGACGACGAGGACGACGAUGAAGAAGAUGUGUUUUGUGCCUCCUUCCUGCCAUCGCAUAGUGACUCAGAGAGCGACAUCAUCUUUGACAAUGGCGAUGAAAGCACAGACGAGCUGUCCCAGGUUGAGCCAAGCAAAAGGCCUGUGACUGACACAACAGAGAGCACAGACUCAGAGCGACCUCCUCUCAUUGUUCAUUUCUUAUAUAUACAAAUGGAAUACUGUGAAAAGAGCACUUUAAGAGACACCAUAGACCAAGGUCUGCAUCAGGAUAACAGCCGCUUAUGGAGACUCUUCAGGGAAAUACUGGAUGGCCUCGCUUACAUCCAUGAACAGGGGAUGAUUCACAGAGACCUGAAACCUGUCAACAUCUUCCUUGACUCCCAGGACCACGUGAAGAUCGGAGACUUUGGCCUGGCUACAGAUCAUCCUGCUAAUGUGGCUGCAGGUAAAUUUGAAGUGGAGGAGAGUGGAUCCAUGCCCAAAUCAGACCCAACAGGAAACAUGACUGGCAUGGUAGGCACUGCCCUCUAUGUCAGCCCAGAGGUUCAAGGAAACACCAAGGCAACCUACAACCAGAAAGUGGACCUGUUCAGCCUGGGGAUCAUCCUGUUUGAGAUGUCCUACCGGCCCAUGACCACCGGGGCCGAGCGCAUCUCGGUCCUCAGCCAGCUACGCACAGAGGACAUCCACUUCCCCAAGGACUUUACUGACUAUGAGAGAGGAACGCAGAGGAAGGUGAUAGUGUGGCUGCUGAACCAUGACCCGGCACUGCGGCCCACCGCCCAGGAACUGCUGAAGAGCGAACUGCUGCCUCCGCCCCAGAUGGAGGAGUCGGAGCUCCAUGAGGUGCUUCAGCACACCAUGGCCAAUGUCAACGGCAAAGCCUACCGCACCAUGGUGGGCCAGCUGUUUGCCCAGAUCACCUCACCCGUCAUGGAUUACACCUAUGACAUAGACCUGCACAAGGGCAGCUUCAAUUUCAGCAGUGCCAAAUUGCAGCAAUAUGUGUACGAGACAAUCACCAGGAUCUUCAAGAAGCACGGUGCGGUGCGUCUCCAGACCCCUCUGCUCCUCCCCAGAAACAGGAAGUUGUGUGAUGGCACAGAGCCGGCCUGCUUCAUGGACCACAGUGGAAUGCUGGUCACGCUGCCCUAUGACCUUCGCAUGACAUUUGCAAGAUUUGUGGCCCGCAAUAAUAUAAAUCAUCUGAAGAGGUACAGCAUCGAGCGUGUGUUCCGCCCCAAGAAGCUGGACCGGUCGCACCCUAGGGAGCUGCUGGAGUGUGCCUUCGACAUCAUCACCCCCGUCAGCAACAGCCUGCUGCCUGAUGCCGAGACCAUUUACACCAUCUCGGAAAUAGUGCAGGAAUUCCCCGCACUGCAGGAGAGGAACUAUCAAAUUUACCUGAACCACACCAGCCUCCUGAAGGCCAUCCUGCUCCACAGCGGGGUCCCCGAGGACAAGCUGAGCCAGGCCUCCAGCAUACUGUGUGACGCCAUGAGUGAAAAGCUGACCAAAGGAGAGGUGGAGGCAAAGUUCUGCAACUUGUCGCUGUCCACCAACAGUUUGCACACGCUGUACAAGUACAUAAUGCAGAAGGGGGAUCUGCAUGACUUGUUGCCAUUGCUGACCUCACUGACCAAACACAAGACCGCCGUCACCCAGCUGGCCAAGCAGGGCCUCAAGGACCUGGAGGAGCUCACGAUGCUGCUGUGCAGACUGGGAGUUAAACUGCAGGUGGUGGUCAACCUAGGCCUGGUGUACAAGGUGCAGCACCACUCAGGGGUCAUCUUCCAGUUUGUGGCCUUCAUCAGGAAGCGCAAGCGCACUGUACCAGACAUAGUGGCUGCUGGUGGACGCUACGAUCACUUGAUCCUGGAGUUUCGAGGUCCAGCCUCCACAGCUCCGGUCCCCUCUGCAGUCGGGGCCAGUGUGGCCCUGGACAAAGUUUGUGCUGCUGUGGCCAACAUGGAGGAGCCGCCCUCAGUGAGCUCCUGCGAUGUGCUGGUGGUCCCAGUCGGCCACUGCUCAAUGCCCAGAGCCAUCAACGUUGUCCAGAAGCUGUGGAGCGCCUGCGUCUCAGCGGACAUCACUUAUGACGUCUCACAGUCUCAGGAGACCCUAUUCGAACACUGCAGGCAGGCUGGCAUCACGUGCAUGGCCCUGGUCUCUGAUAAGGAGGGCAGCUAUGUCAAGGUGAAAUCCUUUGAGAAGGACAGGCAGUCUGAGAAACGGAUUCCCGAGUCAGACCUGGUGGACCACAUUGUUCAGAAAUGUCGGACCAAAUUCUUUGAGGAAAGAAACAUCAGAGAAAUCUCUGAAAGCAUCUCUCUUCAGAACCCCAAGGGCUCAGUCCUCAGCACCUCAGGGGCAUCAGAGCAGCAUGGGAGCAGCAGCAUCAUGAACAUGAAUGUGAAUGUCAUCAGCCCGGAGAAAGUUUCUGCCAGCGCAAGACGACGCUAUGAGACUCAGAUCCAAAGCAGAUUGCAGAAUCUUGGUAGCAAUUUGCAGAACAAGAGCAACGACAUUGAAGUACUGGCAGUGGACUUGCAGAGGGAAACUCUCAUCAACUUCCUGUCUCUGGAGUUUGACAGCGAGGAGCAGUUCAACUUCAGCGUCAAGCAUCUGCUGUCCAAACUUCCCAAGCAGCGCUACCUCAAGUCCAUCUGUGAGGAGAUCCACCGAUUCAAAAUAGUUAAAAGGGUGGCUGUGGUGGUCUUGUACAGUUACAAGGAUGAUUACUACAAGAUCCUCCUCUGAAAACCAAGGCGCUCUUCUGGCCUUGAAGAGUUCCCAUGAUGCUCCAGGUUCAAGAGGCUCACAGCAGCUCAUUUCAACCUCAGACAUAACGGUUUCUGCUCGAACUGAUGGCUUCAGACCUUUUCCCUUUGGAAAUCAUGAGCCCCAAAGACUAAAAUCCUUCUGUACCACGGUUAAUAGCAUUCAUCUGUUUUCACUCAAACUUCAAAAAUCUCCGGUGUUUUGUGGUCUUCAUCACAUGAAGUAGACAAAAGGUUUACUGGACUUUGAAUGCCUUAAAAUAACUGUAGCAUUUUAAAUAUAAAGGGCUUUCUACUGCCAAUCAUGUGUCAUAAAUUACACAUUUCUGAACACCUGAUUAGUUGAAUAGUAUGGAAGCAUAUAAUUGUUAAAAAUAAAAUGAAGAUGAAAAUUAUAAAAUUGAAUUGCAUUCACAGAAAUGUGUCGUAUUUUUCCUAAAGCAAACGCAUCUCAAGUCCAUGCAUGCUCAUUCUGUGACAUAUUGAAAAUUAAAAAGAAAAUAGCCAUUUGAUAUUUCAUUUUCAAAUGCCAGCCUGCUACAUUUCUAACAAACUGCAAAAGGAAACACCAUUGGUCCCCUUGUGAUUUAAAAUGGCUUUUCUGGUUUUAAUUUUCAGUAGCUCAUAGAAUAAUCAUGGACUUUGGAAGACUGAAUUUUAAUUUUCUUUAUGCUAAUGAUGCAUUUGCUUUUUGAAAAAUAAGCAAUUCUGUGAAUGCAUUUUAAUUUUAAAAUUUUCAAUUUUUUAUUUUAUUUGUAAUCAUUUUGAUAAAUGCUUCCACAAUAUAGCAGAAAUAAAUCAUUUCUUUCA